AUGGGGAGGGGAGAGAAGAAGGAGAAGAAGAAGAGGUUGGAGGUGCCCUUCUACAGAGGAGAAAGGAUCACGUUUGAUGUCGCUCCUUCCAGGAUGAAUUUCAAAGUGGAACACAACAGUUUGAAACUGGAGCCAAUCUUCCGGGUCAUGGGCUUCUCUGUGAUUGGCCGAGUUCUCAACAGUGAUGGGGGGGAGGGCGUCCCUGAUGCCACAGUGUCCCUCAACAACCAGAUCAAAGUCAUCAGCAAGGAGGAAGGCUCUUUCCGCCUGGAGAACAUGACGGCUGGUACCUACACCAUCCGUGUCACCAAGGAGCUCAUGUUCUUCGAGCCAAUCACAGUGAAGAUCGCCCCCAACACACCCCAGCUUCCUGACAUCAUCACAGCAGGGUUCAGUGUGUGUGGCCAGAUCUCCGUCAGCCGCCUGCCUGAGGGCAUGAAGCAGCAAGGCCGCUACAAGGUCACUUUGACUCAGCAGGGCCAAGACAAGGCCUCGAGCAAGACCGUGGACUCAGACCCCCAGGGGGCCUUCUGCUUUCAGGCCAAACCCGGAGACUACAGUGUCCAUGUGUCUCUCCCCGAGGCGGAGGUGAAGGCAGGGCUUGCUCUGCAGCCUCAGGCCCUGGAGGUCUCCCUUGUGGACCGGCCCCUCACAGACCUACUCUUCACCCAGUUCAUGGCUUCUGUCUCUGGGAAAGUCUACUGUCUAGCGUCCUGCGAUGACCUCUCUGUGACUCUGCAGCCAGUGAGUCGGCAGGGAGAGAGGCGGACGGUGGCUCUGUCCGGCAGCAACGACAUCCUCAGCUUCUCCUUUGAGGACGUUUUACCAGGGAAAUACAAAGUGAGUAUUACUCACGAGGAGUGGUGCUGGAAGCAUAAGUCUGUGGAGGUGGAGGUGCUGGACUCGGACGUGGUGGGAGUGGAGUUCAGACAGAUUGGCUACAUCCUGCGCUGCUCCCUCUCCCAUGCUAUCACUCUGGAGUUCUUCCAAGAUGGCAGCAAACCCGAAAACGUCGGCGUGUACAACCUCUCUAAAGGAGUCAACCGCUUCUGUCUCUCAAAGCCAGGUGAGGUUCUUUCCCCUGACCGCUCAUUAGCUUAA